AUGGGCUACGAUGAUUCGUUGGAAGAGGAGGCGGCCGCUUCGAUCCCGAAUGCCGCAGAGAUCGCCGAGAGAAUACGCAUGAGGCUCGCGAGUCUUUUGUUUGUUGGCAAGCAGGCCGAGGAUUUGAGCGUCGACGUCAUGGGCUUAUUUCUACACCCCGGGCCACUCAAUUUCCGGGACUCAGCGUGGGUCGACACCGUUGGCUAUUACAAAGGAAGCCAUCGUGUCGUUUCCGCGACACAAUUC